AAUUCUCUUACUAAAUUCCCCUUAUUUUUUAUACUAAAAAAGGGUAAAAAAUCAAAACCUAUUAUUAAUUAUAAAAAACUUAACGAAAUUAUAAAAAAGAAUUCCCCCCGACGGAGCAAUCCGCUAGGGCUGUAUUAUAUAUUACGUAUUAAAAAAAACUAA